UUGAUCUGAGUCGUCUGACUAAUGUUGCUAUGGAUCGUGAUAGUAUAGCUUAUGUUCUUUUUACUAGUGGUUCGACAGGCACACCAAAAGCAGCUCAAAUUCGUCAUCAAAAUUUCAUUGAAGCAAUUCGUUCCAUCAGUGAAGUCGGUAUACUCAGUGAAGAAGAUACAGUUGUUCAAAUGACACCAUGCUCAUUCGAUGGACAUCUAGAAGACAUUGUAGGAACAUUGAUUGUUGGUGGUACAUUAGUGAUGCUUUGUCCUCAUGGCCAUAUGGAUUUCGAAUAUCUUAGCAAUGUUCUCAUGGUGCAUCACAUAACUUACAUGGAUAGCGUUCCUACUCUGCUCGCUGCCUUCUUCAGUUACGUUAAAGGAAAUAGCAAUAUUGAUUUAUUGAGAACACUACAAACAGUUUGCUCUGGUGGUAGGUUUUUCGAUAUUCCUUGA